CUUCUUCGGCAUCGGAGUCUCUCAUGCUUCUAGGGUUUCUCUUCAAUACCUAACUAAAGAUGUCGCAAACAAAGGAAGUUGGGUAUACUUCUCGAUCCAUCACACCUCCGCCGAAAAGACACAGUCGAUCGCGGUUAUCAUCGAGGUCGAGAGUUAGGAGCCGUUCUAGGAGUCAAGAUGUUGAUGGCGCCUGGAAUCCUGGAAACAACUUGUACGUCACAGGCUUAUCGACAAGAGUUACUAGCAAUGACCUUGAGAAGUACUUUAACAAGGAAGGGAAGGUUUUGGAGUGUCAUGUGGUUAUAAAUCCUCGCACAAGGGAAUCUCGUGGAUUUGGUUUUGUUAUGAUGGAGACCAUGAAGGAUGCAGACCGCUGUGUCAAGUACCUGAACCGUUAUGUACUGGAAGGCCGUUUGAUCAAGGUUGAAAAGGCAAAAAGAAGCCGUGGAAGAACGCCGACCCCUGGAAAAUAUCGCGGUGCGAGAGAAGUGAGAGGUCGUGGUCAUAGACGCUCAUGGAGCUACUCACCUUAUCGACCUCGGGAUAGAGGCCGGUCUCGUCCCGUUCGCAUUCAAGGGGUCUGCGGGAGCGAUCUCGCUCACCUUAUGCAAGUGAACCUUGUUAGAUAUAAUUGGCAUACAUGUAUCUAA